UGUGCGUAUUCGGUCAACGAUGAAUCGUACGAUUAUUGAAUCACUUGCUGGGGUUCGUCAACAAACAGCGCAAAUCAUUUACAAGAGUACAUUCGUUUAGAAAACACGUAAUUUGUUUCGUGACAAUUUUAAAAAAAUGGGUUUAGAAGAAGAUUUUACUAAAGCUGCCGAAGAUGUGAAAAAUUUGAAGGAAACGCCCGCUGACGGUGACCUUCUUGAAUUAUAUGCAUUGUACAAGCAGGCAACAGUCGGUGACGUCAAUACCACUCGCCCAGGUUUGCUUGACUUCAAAGGAAAGGCCAAAUGGGAUGCAUGGAACCACAAAAAGGGCACUGACUCAGAAAAGGCCAAACAAGAUUAUGUGAACAAAGCUCAAGAAUUGAUCGAAAAGGUUGGUCUCAACUAAACAUUCACACUGCAAUGAAAUCACAUGAGGUCAUCUGUGCCAACAACAACGAGUGGACAGUUAUUUUCUUUAUUCUUGCUUAACCAUAAUUUCUUAAACUUUGUUAUAUACAGCAUUUUUUUUUCUUAUAUCGGUGUAAGGUUAUCUCUGCACUUCAACAACGACACGACUGUUGAACAUGAACAAAUUUUCCAUGUAAUCUAUUUCACCAAUAAAAUUUGAUAUACACGACUUUUUUGCUACACAAGAAAAAAAAAA